GCUGUCGAUUCGCAAGUCCACAGACUGAAUUUGAGAAUUGACCAAGCCCAGUAGUCAUCAUGGCUAGAAGACGUUUAGAAAUGGCCAUUCGUACGGGCCGGGCUAUUGACUCUGAACAGAAGAAGAGUGCCGGUGUGUUCACAAAGGUUCAAGAACUCAUUUCUUUCCAGCUUGAUGAGGCAGCAAUGGGAACGUAUAGCUUACAGUUCUCACACGACGGUGAUAGUCUGGCAGUGGGAACAGGCAAUGGGGGAAUAAAGUUGUUUAAUAGCAAGACUGGUGCUGUGCAGAAGAUAUUAAGUCAUGGUGACCGUGCUACUCUUCCUGUGAUGUGCCUUAGCUUUCAUCCUGGUAUGCAAGAUGUACUUGUUUCAGCUGGCUCAGAUGGAGUCAUAUCGCUCUGGAACACAGCUGAAAACAAGCGAAUUGAUACACUCAUUGAGGGCGGAAAUGAGAUCAAUGCUCUAGAUUUCAGUCUUCAUGGAGAUAUGUAUGCUACAGCUGGCAAAGAUCAAAGCGUGCGACUCUAUCAUGCUAAUACUAACAAGCUCACAAGGCUGUAUCAAGGAUCAAAUGCUUUGGUCCCAGAGCGUAAUGAUCUUCUAGAGGCAGGUCAUGGUCAGAGAAUCUUUGCUUUAAAGUUUCAUCCUGAUGACAAUCAUAUCUUUGUGACUGGAGGCUGGGAUAAUUGUCUGAAGGUAUGGGAUACAAGGACUGAGCAUGGGGUUGAACGUACUAUCUCGGGACCUCAUGUCUGUGGCAGUGGAUUAGAUAUUCAGGAUGGGAAGAUCUUAACAGCCUCUUGGGUCCAAAACCACAGUCUUCAGAUCUGGGACUUCUCUAGUGGUAAUCUUGACCGAACACUGGACCUGGACACCGACAAUAAGGAAGGAGAGUUCCUAUACUGUGCUCAGUUCUGUGAUAACAACACUGUAUUGGCUGGUGGUAGUGGUACAAUGAAUGUUCAGGCGAUCAAGACUGAUACCUUUGAUAUAAUUGAUGUAGUUGAUUUCAAAGGGAAGACAGUACAGGCCUUGGACAGCACUGAUGGUGGAAGAUUGUUUGCUUUGGGUGGUUCAUCACAGACAGUACAAUUAGCAUCUCUUAGAUAGCUAAGCUCUUCAGCAGAUGUACAGUAUAUGGAGAGGAGGAUCUCAUUUGUAAUCUGUAUGGUGUAAGAACAAUCAUUUUAAUUCAAGUUUGGUGAGAAUAUCUCUACAAGAUUGCAUGAACCUAGCCUGUGAUAAGUGUGUUUAUUAUGUAACGACUCAUCCUAAAAUCCACUAUAACGUCAGCUAAAAAAGAAUUCAAGUGAAUUUAUGUAGUUUGGAAGAGCAUAACCAAUCUUUUAAUCCAAAAACUCUAGGAUAUCACUGCACGCAAUGUGAUUAGCUUUGUUAAAUAUUUUUAUAUUGUUUUUGGUGUAACUCAUUCCUGAGUGAACAAUUAAUUUUUCUUGGAACGGUAUUUUAAAAUUAAUUUCAAAUUUGAAAUCCCUGCUGAAAUGUCCUUUGGCAAGACAAUCUACAUUUGCCAAACUUGACCAUUAUGAGGUAAAUGGGCUCCUGGCAGGAAUAAAUUCCUUAACAUGCUUAUGUACAGUGAAAGGCUACUGGGAUGAAGCCAGAGUAAUAUCAUCCAAAGUCCUAUGGAAGUGCAUAUAGAGUAUGUAAUAUGAUAAUAUGAAAUGCACUGCACAUUGCAGCAUAAUGAUAAUAUUAUUUGUGUUGUAAGACUAUUUCAC